AUGCAAUUCUUGCUGUUGGAUGUUAUCGACUGUCACGAGUUAAAUGUUUGCAAGGAGUUCUAUCAAUAUCCUCAACGCUCUGACGGAUGUUAUCACAAUCCAGAUCAAUAUUUGGAAGUGACGAGUAUGAUUCAAAGAUAUGGAUUUAACGUGGAAUCUUAUGAGGUGAUAACCGAGGACGGUUAUAUUUUAAAAGUUUUCAGGAUACCGAAUCCUUCGAGACCACCUGUAUUUCUUCAACACGGUAUUACCAUAUCCUGUAUUUGCUUCACCAAUUCAGGAAAUCAUUCUAUAGCGUUUCUUUUACACCAAGCUGGAUACGAUGUGUGGUUGGGCAACUAUCGUGGAAAUAGGUAUUCCAGUAAACACGUGAAAUUGAAAACUAACGACAUAGCAUUCUGGGAUUUCAGUUUUCACGAGAAUGGUAAAUACGAUAUGAGAGUCCAAAUGGAUUUGGUCAAAGGUAUUACGGGAAAGAAAUUAUAUUAUAUAGGAUAUUCUAUGGGUACUACAGCCGCUUAUAUCUACAACAUUUUGUACCCUGAAGAAGCCGAAGAUAGGGUGAAGCUAUUUAUCAACUUGGCUCCUAUUUUAUACUUGAGGAAUCUUAAAUCAAUAGUCUACCCAAUUGCCCCAUUUUGGUCAACAAUAGAACCUUAUGUGAUGAAAUUGACGAACGGAGUUAUCUUUAGAAGGACGAAAGCUGCAAUUGAGAUUUUGAAACGAAACUGUUUGCAAAAUGUUCAGAGAAUGUUAAAAUGCCAACUCGCGUAUCAGAAUAUAUUUGGAUACGAUAUAGAUCAAUUCGAUCCGGAGAUUAUACCUAUAACACUGGCACAAAAUUUGGAAGCAGCAUCGAUUAAAACAAUAAGCCACUAUUAUCAAGUAAUAAAUUCCGACGAGUUCAGACACUACGAUUAUGGAAUUCGGGAAAACAUAGAGUUAUAUGGGACUGUUAGACCUCCAAUUUAUAAUUUAUCAAAGCUGACAGUUCCUGUGUAUUUAAUUUACGGCCAGAACGAUUAUGUAUCAACCGUUGAAAAUGUUGAAAGACUCUAUAACGAGUUACCAAAACGAUUAACGCCUUAUGGUAAAUACAAAAUACCUUACGAGAAAUUUAAUCACAUGGAUUUUACUAUAGCUAAAGAUAGGAAGGCUUUAUUGUAUGAUCAUUUGAUAAAUUUUUUAAAUCAAAUUUCGCAACUCGAAGAAUGAUAUAUGUAAAAUAGA